AUACAAAGAAACUUUAACUGCUUUCAGGAACUUCACGCUACAACUCUUCUUCAAAAUGGCUCAUUUAGCUAACUUAAAUGGUACAUGUGAGACCCUGCCAUCCAUCCCAAAGCUUCCCAGCAUUCAAAAAACCUGGAAAACAUCGAAAGUGACUGGAAUUCUUGGCAAGAAAACAGAAAACUUUCAAGAACAACCAUUGCAAAGUACUCGAAGAGUGGCAUUAGUCCUUGCCUCCAUUGCUCUUGUUGGAACUUGUAGCAACAGUGUCUCACUUGCUGAAGAUAAUGGUUACUGGAUUACUGAUCUUUUACCUGUUCCUUCUGUCGAAAACAAUAUUGCAAAUGAGAAGACUGGAACUCGAUCUUUUGUCAAGAAAGGACUAUAUGUGGCCAACCUCAACACCAAAAACCGCAUGUACAGGCUCAAGAAAUAUGCAUUUGAUCUUCUUGCAAUGGCAGAUUUGAUUGGGCCAGACACUCCGAAUUAUGUCAAGAAGUAUUUGAGACUAAAGUCUACUGUCAUGUACUAUGAUUUCGACAAAAUUAUCUCUGCAUCAUCAGCUGAUGAUGAGCAAACUCUUACUGCUUUGGCUAACAGAUUAUUUGACAGUUUUGACAAGCUUGAAGAUGCUGCGAAGAUGAAAAACCUGCCCCGGACAGAAUCAUGUUAUGAGGACACGAAAGUUAUUCUCCAAGAGGUCAUGGAUCGAAUGGCCUAAAUCACAGAUCUUGCUAUUGGCAAAAUAUAUAUGCUUUGCAUGAUGCAGCUCAUUUGUCCUUUAAGUACA